AUGGAGCGGGCGGCGGGCGAGGGCCGGCCCCUGCUGCCGGCGGCGGGGGGCUCCGCCGGGCUCUCCUCGCCCGGGCUCUCCUCCGCCGGCGCGGUCUUCAUCCUGCUCAAGUCUGCGCUGGGCGCGGGGCUGCUGAGCUUCCCCUGGGCCUUCGGCAGGGCCGGCGGGGCCGUUCCCGCCCUCCUGGUGGAGCUGGGCUCGCUGGUGUUCCUGGUGAGCGGGCUGGCCGUGCUGGGCUAUGCCGCGGCCCUCAGCGCCCAGCCCACCUACCAGGGCGUGGUGCGGGCCGUGUGCGGGGCGGCCGUAGGGAAGCUCUGCGAGGUCUGCUUCCUCCUCAACCUCUUCAUGAUCUCCGUGGCCCUCCUCAGGGUGGUGGGCGACCAGCUGGAGAAACUGUGUGACUCCCUGUACCCCAAUGGGACACUGAGCGGGGCCCCUCAGCUGCCCCCCUGGUACGUGGACCAGCGCUUCACCCUCUCAGCUCUCUGUGUCUUCGUCAUCUUCCCACUCUCUGUCCCCAGGGAGAUCGGCUUCCAGAAGUACUCCAGCAUCCUGGGCACGCUGGCUGCCUGCUACCUCACUCUGGUCAUCACCCUGAAAUACUACCUGCAGGCAGAGAGCCUACAUUUGACUGAGCCGCCCCAGCCCUCGAGGUCCUUGUCCUGGACCUCCAUCUUCAGUGUCAUUCCCACCAUCUGCUUUGGCUUCCAGUGCCACGAGGCAUGUGUGGCCAUCUACAGCAGCAUGCGCAACCAGAGCUUCUCCCACUGGGUCACCGUCUCUGUGCUCUCCAUGCUCAUUUGCCUGCUCAUCUACUCCCUCACUGCAGGGCUCUAUGGCUACCUGACCUUUGGCGAGGCCGUGGCGUCCGAUGUCCUGAUGUCCUACCCAGGGAAUGACCCGCUUGUCAUCGUUGCCCGCCUGCUCUUUGGUGUCUCCAUUGUCACCAUCUACCCCAUUGUGGUGCUGCUGGGCAGGUCCGUGGUGAAGGACCUGUGGGCAGCCCCGAAGCGCAGGGCCGUGGCGGCGUCUGAGGCACACGAGAGGCGGGGCCGGGUGGCACUGACGGUCACCUGGAUGGCUGCCACGCUGGGCAUCGCCCUCUUUGUCCCCGACAUCGGCAAAGUCAUCGAGCUCAUCGGGGGCAUCAGCGCCUUCUUCAUCUUCAUCUUCCCAGCAGGGCUGUGCCUCGUGUGCCUGACUGGGACCCGCAGCCUCGGGCCACGCAAAAAGGCUGCUCUCAUCGCCUGGGGCGUUCUCUCCGUGCUCGGAGGUGCCUUUGUCUGCGGGCAGAGCGCUGCCCUGGCCGUGCUGGGGCUGCUGCGCUGAGGGACCUCCCUGUGUCCCCACCGUGACCCCCCAGCGUCCUGCCCUGCACAGAGACCCCAACACAGCCACACCACUGGAUCCCAUGGCGGUUUUAUUUGGCAUCACCGUCCCUGUUGUACAGUGGCUAAUAAAGACAGGAGAGGGUA